AUGAUAAAGUGAUAACAUACAGCAUGUCGUUUUCUGGUAGAUCUCAGAUGCCCGCUUCUAUUUAUAAAGAAGAAAACGAAGAAAAGAAUCCAACAUUAGCUCAGUUACGAAGUGAGCUUGCUGCAUUAAAAACAGAGAACAAAGCUCUAGCAAGGCAACUGCAUAUAGACAGGUAUGUCAGCAAAACCGAAGCUCAGCAAGACAUGCAGAAUUUAACAAACGAAAACUCUCGACUGAGCAUCGAAAACGUCGCAAUGAAAGAAACACUGAAGGCGGGAACCCAGCAAGUUGCUGCAACGGAAAGAAUUCUUGAAGUUAGAAACAAAGAAACCAAAGCGUUGAUGGCGCAAUUAGAAGAAUUAGAAAAGAAAAUCUUAGGCAAAGAAAAUGAAACUAGAAAAACUGACGAAGCCAUCAAAGUUUUAGAGUCGUCUUUGAACGAGAAGAGAUGCAAAAUUGAGAAUCUUUUACAAGAAUAUGAAGAAACAGUGGCGUCACGUGACGAGGAAGUUGCUCUCGCCGAGGAGCUGAACCAAAUAAUAGAAAAAACUUCAAUCGACAUGGAAAAUCUACACAAACGUAAAGAUUACCAAGCGACAGAAUUGACCAAAAAUGAAGCAUAUGCUGCAGAAUUGGAAAGAGAGAUUGAUUCUGUAAACAGUAGCACGAACAGUUUGAAAGGAAUUUUAAAAGAAAACGACGACGAAAUCGCGACCCUUAAGGAAAACGUCAAAGACAGAGAACACGCAUUGAAAAAUCUACACGAAAAGUUGACAGCAGAUAAGCUGAAGCACUCAACCUUAUUAACUAUGGUGCAAGAUAAACCAACAACAACUACUGCGAUUCAAACAGAAGCCUUUACGGACGAAGGAAGCCUGUCUACAUUAGGUAAACAAGGGUCUAGGUAUCACCGUGGAAGCGUUGUUCGUUUGUGCGGCGCUGGUGGAAACAUGAAACAUAAGUUUGGAAAAAACUUGGAAAUUCGUGCGACCAACUAUUCUCGUCACGUCCAAUUAAAUGUAAAAUUUAAUAAAUAAAAAUCGGCAUGUAUAGGCUUAACAAUAAUACUUGCUUGAAAUACAAUGUUAAAAAUAAAUAAAAUAUGUUGAAUUAGGUUUCGACUGUGGCAAAUUUAAGAUUAGGAAACAUGUUCAUAUAGUAGGAUGGGGAACGAUGGGACUCCUUUUUAUUCUGUUUUCUAUUUGGUAGUAAAUAAGGAACAUUGUUACUUUUUAAAACAUGAUCAGGAAAAUUGGAUAUUAUGUGAUAAAGGUGUCCUGUCUUCCUCCCCUACUUUGUUUAGUAGGCCAUGCCAUGCAGCGCUUCUACUGGACACGUGACAAAACGCAUAUGGAAAGUAAACAACUUUAAUUGCAAGUGAUACAGGCAGAAAAACGAAGAAUUGUAAAUUUAUAAAUAAGUGUAAAGAGAAGCAUACGAAACAAGACAAAAUGCAAAAUAUGUGAUAAAUAUCAAGGUCUAGUAAAUCAGCGAUGUUAAGACUUAAUUAUUAACCAAUAACCUAUAUGAAAAAAACGACAAUCAUUCACAUUUAUUAUUAAUAUACCCCAUAUGUUACUGAUUGCAAAUUUCAUGACUUUGAUUAGAAAUUGCUUUGAAAUAACAUUGUUGUGCGUUCGUUGGUAAAUGUAUUUUU